AUGGGCAGCACUUGGCUGCAGCAGCUGGCUGCCUGGUGGCCGCCAGGCCGUCGGGGGCAGGCCACCGCGCUGGCGGCAGCGGCGCCUGCCGGCGGCGCGCAGGUGCUGGAUGGCCUGCAGGGCUCGGACGCGGCGGCAGGCCAGCCCGCCAAGUCGCACCUGGUGGUGAUGGUGCACGGGCUGUUUGGGACCCGCGACAACUGGCGGGCCAUCAGCGAGCUGCUGGCGCAGCAGCUGGACCCCGCCAGCACCCUGCUCUUUGUGUCGCACUGCAACGAGCGGCAGCGCACGUUUGAGGGGGUGGACGUGUGCGGGGAGCGGCUGGCGGAGGAGAUUCGGCGCGUGGCGGCGCAGCACCCGGGCCUCACCCGCAUCUCCAUCCUUGGCCACUCCAUGGGCGGCCUGAUCAGCCGCUACGCGGCGGGCAGGCUGUACGACCCGGCCGCGGGCACCAUGGCGGGGCUGGCGCCGUGCCAUUUUGUGGCCAUGGCCACGCCGCACCUGGGCUGCGACGCGCGGCGCAACCCGGCGCAGGUACCGCUCAUCAGCUGGCUGUCCGCGCUGCCGGCAAUGGGAGGCGCCGUGCACAGCGUCGUGUCGGAGCUGGCGGCGCCCGUGUCUGAGCUGACGAUGGGGCGGGUGGGGCGCCAGUUCUUCCUGUCAGAUGACGAGGAGGGAGGCGGCUCGCCGGCGGCGCCGCAGGCCCGGGCGCAGCAGCCAGCAGCCGAUGCAAGGCCAGGCGGCGGCGCCGGCGGCGGCGGCCGCCGUCGACCCCCGCUGCUGUACCGCCUGACUCAGGACCAGCCGCAGGAGGGCCUGCUGUUCAUGUCGGCUCUGGCCGCCUUUGAGACGCGCACCCUGUACGCCAACAGCUCAGGCGACCAUCUGGUGGGCUGGGCCAACAGCUCCCUGCGCCGCCUGGGGGAGCUGCCCCCUAAGAGCGGGAGGGGCACAGGCGUGGUGCGGGAGGACCCUCUGGAGGCUGCCUGGGCGCCGCACCAGCGCCCCGCGCUGCACGCCACCCCCGCCGCCGCCGCGCUGCACAGCGGCGAGGGGCGCCAGGUCAGCGAGGACGCCAUCCUGCGGGCUCGCAGCGCGGGGCAGCUUGCCGGCGGCAGUGGCAGCGGCGCCUUGCCGGCGGUGGCGGCGGGCGUGGAGGGCGCGUCGCAGUACGCGGCGUUUCCGGCGGGGCCCGCAGGCAGCUCGCAGCAGCAGCUGACAGUGGGCAGGCAGGGCCUGGCUGGCAUCAUGGAUAUGGAAGCCCGUGGUCAGGCGCCUGCUGCUAUGGGUGGCAGCCCCGGUGCCAGCAGGCCGGCUUCCCUGCUGGGGCAGGCGGCAGCGGCCGGUGAACGCCAAGCCAGCGGCGGUGGAGUCGCCAGCAGCAGCAGCAGCGGCGCUGCCGUCGGGAGCAGCAGCCUGGGCGCACCCAGCCCCGAGGAGCAGCGUGUGGAGGAGAUGCUAACACGGCUGCAGGCGCUGGCCUGGCGGCGGGUGGACGUCUGCUUUGGCGCCACCCUGCUGCCGCUGCUGUCCCACCAGCACAUCCAGAUGCAGCGCUGGUGGGUCAACUGGCCCGGGCGGGCCGUUGUGAAGCAUCUGGCCCUCCAGAUCCAAGCCAUGGAGCAGCUGAGGCAGCCGGGGCAGCAGCAGCAGCAGCAGCAGCACCAGCACCAGCAGCAGCAGCAGGAGGCGGAGGUAGCGGCGGGAUGA